AUGAAGCUCGAUACGAAGGCACUCCGAUAUCUCAACCCCACUGACUGGCGGACCCUCACUGCAGUCGAGACAGGCAGUCGAAACCAUGAGGUCGUACCUACCACCCUCAUCGCCAAUCUUUCCAAGACCAGUGUUGGCGAUGUACAACGCAGUAUCUCUCUCGUGGCCAAAGCCAAUCUCAUUGCAAAGGUCAAAAAUGCAAAAUACGACGGCUAUAGGUUGACUUACGGUGGACUCGACUACUUGGCACUCCAUUCGUUACAAAAGAGCGACAUCGUCUACAGCGUGGGCAAUCAGAUCGGGGUUGGUAAAGAAAGCGACAUCUUCGUGGUGAGCGACCAACACGGCGAGCAACGAGUGCUGAAGAUUCACCGGCUGGGCCGGGUGAGUUUCAAGAAAGGUGUGCGCAACAAGCGAGAUUAUGCACGCACCCGUCAACAAAAGGAACGCGGUGCAGGCAGUUGGAUGUACAUGUCGCGACUGGCCGCCGUCAAGGAAUAUGCUUUCCUCCAGGCGCUAUACGAUGCAGGUUUCAGUGUGCCUGUUCCGCGCGGCCAGAACCGUCAUCAGCUGGUCAUGUCAUUGAUUGACGGGUUCCCGCUGAGGCAGAUAGACAAGGUUCCCGACCCCGCCGCGUUGUAUGCGGAGCUGAUGGAAAUGCUGGUUCGCCUGUGCUCGUUUGGUCUGAUCCAUGGUGAUUUUAACGAGUUCAAUAUUCUGAUCAAAGAGGUUGAGGAGGAGGGGGAGGAGAAGCAGGGAAGUGGAGGCGGGGCCAUCAAGUUAGUUCCAGUGCUUAUUGAUUUCCCUCAGAUGGUCAGUGUGGAUCACGCAAACGCCGAGUUCUAUUUUGAUAGAGAUGUGGCUUGUGUCAAGAGGUUCUUUGAGAGAAGGUUCGGCUUCACCAGCACCGAGCAAGGGCCGUUCUUCAAAGAUGCGAAGGCGUUGGUGGGAAAAGAGAAUGGACGACGCUUGGACAUUGAGGUUGAGGCGUCAGGGUUCUCUCGGAAGAUGGCGAAAGAUCUGGAGGCGUACAUGAAAGAGCACGGGGUCGAUGGAGAUGCGCAAGCGAAUGAAACAACUGGUCAAGGUUCAAAUCCUGAUGAGGAAGAGGAGGAGGAUGAUCAUGAUGAAAACGCCGAGGACGAGACUCCAAGCGAUCAUGAUAACGGUGGUGAUAACGUCGAGCCUAGACAUGAUACCAUUACCGGUGCUGGUUGA